AGAAAAAAGGAAAACGCCGCCGCUCCAACGGCUAGUUCUCCCCAGCCGCUCCCGGAUCGGACUCAAAAUUCCAUCGCCCAACUCGCCACAGCCAGAGCAGCCACAGCCCACAGCCCCGCCGUAGCACACCAUCUCCGACGCGCCACGCCGCCGCUCUCGCGAGCUAGCCACAGCUAGACCGUCGAUCCCACCGGGCGGGAACGCGGAGGCGCAGAUGGAGAUCCCCCGCAGCCUCGGCGUCCAGGACAACGAGGAGGAGGAGGAGUACGACAGCGUCUUCUACGAGGACAUCGAGGCGCCCAAGUUCGUCGACCUCACCGCGCCCGACGCCGCCUGCCCCGCCGACGACCCCUCCUGGUUCUGCCUCCGCGUCGGCUGCGACCAGAGUCACGAGCACGUCGACCCGGAGGCGCUGCACAGGAGCUUCGUCAUGCGGGUCAUGGCGGCGAGGAGCCCCAACGUGAGGCUGCACAAGGCCAUCAGCAGGCGAAACCAGAGAUCGGAUUUGUUGACCCCGUGCAGCUCGACGCUGCCGAAAUGCCCCCACUCGGCGCCGGCGAAGCCGCCGAGGACCCGGAUGACCAGGCUGAGCCUGGCGACGGGGGCGGCCGAGAAGGCGGCGAGGGACAGGCUGCAGGGCCACCGGAUUCGCGGCCUGAGGGAUUCCCCGGUCCGGACCAAGGCGGCGAGGGUCGAAGCGUCCAGCGCGAGGAAGAAGGCUCUCACCACGCCCAGGAGCAAGACCGUGCGGCCGAGGCAGGAGCCCUUCCUCAGCGUGAAGCACCAGAAGGGGCCGGUCGCGACGGCGGCGGCGGAGAUCAAGGGGACGGUGGUGAAGGCGCUGUUUAUGAGCACGCCCAAGAAGGAGACGCCGGCGAAGAGCCAGGCUCCUCCCGUGGCCGAGGUCUGCUCGAAGAUGAAGAAGCUCAACCUGGCGUGCCGGGAGGUGCCUAGCAGGUACCUGUCGCAGCUGCCCACGCCGAAGAUCGCCAAGAAGUGCGAGGAGACGGCGGCGGUGGUGAAGAGCGCGAAGAGAGUACAGGAGCCAAGGAAUGGGAAGAAGAAGAUGAUCUUGGGCUGUUCGGCGAAAUGCGCCAAUGCUGAAACAGACAAAGAGAACCGAAGUGGCCGUGAGAACAUCAACGCGGACGAGAACUCGUGUAAACGAACUGCAAGGCGCAAUUGGGGGCAAGAACCCAAGGAGGUGGUGCAGGGAUCACGGGUUGAGGUGGUGGAGCCAUUGCAGCCCGACAUUCAUGGCGACGACAAGGAGAAUGCGCCAUGCGGUGAUCAGCUCGCCGAGCAAGCCUUGAAUCGGGAGGAUGAAGAAGAUGAAAACAGCAAGCAGUCGGAGAACAGUGAGAAUGCUCCUCAAAAGGUGCUUAAAAGGCAGAACAAGGUAGUGAAUGCAGAGCAGGGAGGAAAGCUCAAGAAAAAUACCAUCCUAAGGCCAUUCAGGCUAAGGACUGAUGAAAGACAGGUGUUGAAAGAUGCAAUUCCAGAAAGAAAACCGACGGUCGCCGAGAAGAACAUCAUGCCAGCACUGAAGGGUGAAAAUAGGCGAGUGAUGCAAACUGGAAGAUGCCCUGAUGGAAAGGAAAGAGAAAAACUGACUUGUGGCGAAAAGCAGAGGAAACAAAUUACAUACACCGCCACGAGUCGGCUUGGUGAAUCUAAAACUGUUUUGAGUAGCAUCCGGCCCAACAAUGUGAGGCCUGCGCUGACUAAAGGCAAAACCGUAGAGAAAUCACAGAGGGCAGCGUCAUCAACAAGAACAGCCAAAAUAACAAGUGGUUUCACAGCACCCUCUCAAACUGGAGAAAAGAGGAAGGCCUCGAUGAAAACAUCCAGGCUCCAAGCAGCAGCAGCUUGACUAGAACAUGUGGCAAAAAAUAUGAAAGAAGACAACGAUUAUAUUGUCUGUUCCAUCCAAAAGACUGAAUGUGUAUCUAUGGCGUCGAACUGGUUUUGUGAGUUUUGUCAUCUAGAAUUGUACACUAAGGAGGGGGUUGGCCAGGAACUCUCACACCAGCAGGGUUAUGUCAAGUUUCCCUGUUUUUGUCCAUGAAAUUGGUGUGAUGAGUAAAACUCUUUUGUUCUGUACCAUCUUUACUAGACAUUCUUUUUGUAGCUGAAAGCCCAGAAGAAAUUUAAUUCAGUGGUGUAAUGUGUAUCUAUGGCAUAGAAGUAAACUGGGAGCUGCAGGGUUCCAUCCAGUUUCCUUGUUUCUGUACCAUGAAAUUUGUGAAAUAGGUGAAAUUCUUUUGUUUU